AUGGCCGCUCGGAGUCCUUCUCUGCGCAAAAUAAAUCUACAUGCAGCUUCUGCCGAAGCCAUGCCUAGUGCGGCCACCGUCAGCACAACUUCAUCUACGUCAGGAACAGCGCGACCUGAAAAUCCUACCACCAGUCUGUCUCCGAGCCGUUUGCCGGUCAAACUAACACGUAGAUCUUCACGACCAACAAGCCCCUCGCGCAAUCAGGCUCGCUCUCGUCCUACGCGAGUCAGUGUCCCAGCAGCGCCAAAACCUAUAGGCACGGGGCGACCAAGAUCGGUAUCGCAACGAAAUCUUCUCCCCGCCGACAAUGAUCUGGCUAAGAAAGACCGGUCAAAACCUCCAAUUACAACAUCUCGCCAUGUUCUCACAGCUUCGACAAGCGCAUCCACGUCACGACAGUCAUCCCAUGGCCGCGCCCUAUCAACAUCAACGUGCGUGACCUCAGUGACAUCCAGACCAUCUAUUCGAGGCUCUAAUGAUAGCUUCAAGCCAUACCAAGCAUUAGGCUCCGAUGUCUUUCUCAAGAAACCAGCAUUCAAUACACACCAGCAGCACUUUUCACCUGCUAAAAAUCUAGCUCCCAAGCCUCAUCCUGCCGUCUUUCUCGCACCGCCAACCCCCAGCAAACGACCUGCAAAUAAAGCCAUUUCUGCAGAGACAGCAAAACUUCAGAAUGAGCUACUACAAUUACAUCUAUUGCAUCAAGAUGUGGAGCACGUAAUACAAGAAUGGCGUACGAGUGCAAAAGAGACACUGAAAGGUCAAUUCGACGCUGUCGUAAAAAAAAAGGCUACAAAUGAGCAGCUCGAGACGCAAGCUGUUGCUAGGGUGAACGCCGCCGCAUUGGAUCGGUGGCAAAACAUGGGUACUCCUGGAUGGUCUGUAGAUGAUAAGAUACAAGUGCUAGACGAACUCCUUACCGGCAUUUGGAACCUUGGGGAAGUAGGAGGAAAGUACUCUAAGGUCGUGCGAAGAUUCGAGCGAUGGGUCAAGCAAUGUCAGGAAACUCUCCAGAGCCGCUCUCAAGGCGAUGGGAAGAUCGAUGAGCAAAAUUUGUUUAUAGAGAAGCUGGAAUCUUUAUGGAAAGAUGAUUGUCUCUUAUUGCACCACAAACUUGAAAACUGGACUGAAAAGAUGAGAGACUUGGGCCUACCUGAUAGUGGAUCGAGCAUUGGCCUAGUGAUGGUGCGCGUACAAAGAAUACUGAAGGGUAUGAUAACGGAGUUGAAUCUCAUGGCUCGGAUUGAAGAGGAUGCCAUGGAUAUGGAGCUCGCAUGGAUUGAUUCUAUGAAUAACGAUUUUACGGAUGACGAGGAGAUGCCUACAGCUUGUGCAAUUUGGAGGGUUCCAUAG